UUGUUCCACACUGAUUACUCGAUUCCAUAUUCCCCAAGGACAACAACAUACAUAGCCGGGAUUUUCUUCAAAUCAGAACAUCCCGUCGUCAACAUGGCCCCACCAAACAGAGCGGCACUCCUCACCAAGGCGAAGGAAUACCCCCUGAAGAUCGAUGUCGUCGAGCUCCCGACUGCGGGCGAGGGCGAGAUUAUAAUCAAGGUGGCAGCCAUCGCCAUCAACCCGAUGGACUGGAUGAUCCAGACAUUAGGCGAUGAUCUCUUCUCGUGGCUACAGUACCCAUUCAUCGGGGGCACCGACGUGGCCGGGACAGUUGUCGAGGUCGGGCCCGGCGUGACGGAUUUUGAAGUCGGCAACCGAGUCCUAGGCCUGUCCAUCGGCUUCGUCCCGCGCGAGGGCGCUUUCCAGGAGCAUGUCGCCGUGAGGUACAACCUCGCCUCUAUUAUACCGGACACCCUCGGCUUCGCGGAUGCCGCGGUGCUACCCCUGGGCUACACCACCGCGGCCGGCGCCCUUUACGAGCCAGGAAAUCUCGAGCUUGAAUAUCCGACCCUCAAUCCAACCCCCAAGGGCAAGACGCUGCUCGUGUGGGCGGGUUCAUCCAGCGUCGGCACGAACGCCAUCCAGCUGGCUGUGGCGUCGGGCUACGAUGUAGUCACGACUAGUUCCCCCAGGAAUUUCGAAUACUGCAAAUCUCUUGGCGCCUCACAGGUCUUUGACUACAACAGUCCCACUAUCGUGCAGGAACUGGUCCAGGCUCUAGAAGGGAAGACACUGGCCGGCGGUCUCGCCAUCUUCCCCGGCUCUGAGCAGUUUGUGUUCGAAGUGAUCCUCAAGAGCCAGGGCGCCAAGGUAGUCGUUGCUGCAAUGCCAUUGGCGGAGGAUAAGAUCCCAGCGGGUCUGGAUAGAGCGAAAGGGGUAUUUGCUGGAAGUAUCAAGGACAACGAGGUUGGCGCAAUCGUCUUCAACAAGUACCUGCCCGAAGCUUUGACCUCUGGCAAAUUCAGGAGCUUGCCCGCACCAGAGGUCUUUGGUCAGGGUCUCGAGAGCCUCCAAGGUGCGGUGGACAAGGUCAGAGAAGGUCUUUCGGCUAAAAAGGUCGUCGUGACCCUGUGAUGGAGAGUAGGCACGGGAAUGGGAUCUGUAUGUUUUAUGGAAGUGUACCUAAGAUAAGAUUGCCUAUAGUGUAUAUUAAGUAACUGGUUUC